AUGUCGGAAAAGAACGAGGUGACCCAGACCGAAAAUGGUACCGCCCCUAGAAAGAACAGAACCUGCGCACGACACUGCAAGCGCUUCUGGUGGGUACAUCUUAUCAUUCUCUGUGUCAUUGUUGUCAUCGUCGUUCCUGUCAUAAUUCUUGUUGCCGUUCCCAAAAUUGCACAGAGCAAGAUCAACGAUGCCGAGCUCGAAAUCCAAGCCACUCGAAUUCUCGAGACCGAGGGAAAUGCCUACCUUAUGGAGAUCGAUUCCACCAUCACAACCGAUGGCAAGAUCCAUGCCAAGAUUGACCCCUUUGAGGCUGAAAUGUAUCUCGAGGACUGGCCGGCCCACAAGGCCUUUGCGACAGUUGACAUGCCCGAGACAAACAGCAACAAGCACCAGAGCGUCAACGUCUCCCAACACGUAAAGAUCGCCGAUUUGGACGAGUUCACUCGCUUCAACGUCUGGUUCCACAACAACGAGACAGUACGUGUCACCGUCUACGGAAAGACAAAGGUCCAGCCAAAGGGUCUCCCGCGCAAGUACGGUGUCACCUUCAAGAAGACAGUGGAGCUCAAGGGCCUAAACCAUUUCGCCGGCACCACGGUCAACGACGGCCACAUCGGGUUUGGCGAUGGCAAAGAUGAGCCCAACUUCAACGGCACCACCACUAUUCCUAAUGCCUCGGUUUUCACACUAGACAAUGGAAAUGUCACCUUCAGGAAUUUUGUCGGAGACGUGGAAGUUGGUACCCUUACCAUUCCAAACUUGGUUCUCAAGCCAGGUGACAACGUUGUCAACAUCACUGCCAGCAUGAACCAGAGUAUCAUCCUCAAUGCUGUUCAGCAGGAGCCAUACUGCAAGACAGGCAUCCUUCCAUUCAAGCUGUUGGGCAAGUCCGUCGUCAACCACGGCGAGAACCUUACCUAUUUCGCCGCAGCAUUGGCCAGCUCAAACCAAACAGUCGAGAUCGACAUUGGCGCCAUUCUGAAGAAGGAUCUUAAGUACACUGUCAAGUGCAAGAGCGAUAAGAAGGAUUGA